AUGCUUUCAGAAAUUGGGCUUGAUAAAAUGAAAGAAGGGUUGGAUGAUGACUGCUUGGAAGAAAAAAUAAAUCAAAUAUUUUGCAAUUCAGAACAUGAAAUUCUUUAUGAUGAAUUGGAUGAAUUGGAAGUGGUUUUGAAUUACAAAUUCCAGAGAAGAAGUCUUCUUGAAGAAGCUCUAACUCAUUCCUCAGUAUUUAUGAAUUUUUCAUUCCAACUAGAAUUGUUGGGUUUGCAAGAGUGUCAGAUCUCUCGACAUCUGAGAAGUAGAGGCUUCAAAUCAUAUGAACGAUUGGAGUUUGUGGGGGACGCCAUUUUGGGUCAGUUGAUUGCGGUUUAUCUAUACUACACUUACCCAGACAUGGAACCAGGCACCUUGACCCGUUUGCGUUCUGUAAAUGUUCGAAAUGAAACAUUGGGUCGUGUGGCGAUCAAGCAUGGAUUUUCUAAGUACCUUCGUUGCAAAGCGGAUUUGAAAAAAAAUAUUGAUGAGUUCAUCCAGAUUGCAUAUAAUGAAUCAAAGUAUCAUAGCUCUAAUCAGUCAAAAACUCCAAAAAUGCUUGCUGAUAUAGUUGAAUCCAUCGCGGGUGCAGUCUAUGUAGAUUGUGGAAAUUCUGUAGACAAAGUCUGGGAGGUAUUUGAACCAUUGUUGCAACCAUUAGCUGGUCCAGAGACACUUGAGGAACACCCAGUUGCAGAGCUUCAGGAAUUUUGUCAAAGGGAGAAGAAACAUAUUGAAUAUAAAAGUGAUAAAGUGGACGAUCUUUUGGUUUGUGUGGAUGUAUUUAUCGAUGGGCAGUUAAUGGGAACCGGGAAAAAUGCAGUAAAGAAACUGGCAAAGAGAGAAGCCGCUAGAAAUGCCUUUCUCAAUUUAAAAGAAGAGGAAAAAUCAUCUUCUCUAACUGUUUAA